AUGCAGGCACCAACAGCCAACACUGGCGCGGCGCCAAUGGACGUUGACACGGCCAACGCAGCAAUAGUGUGCUACCAGUGUGGUGAGCACCACCUGGCGCGCAACUGUACUACGCCGACGGAGACUAUUCGGCAGAAGUACGGCCGGAAUCGCAUGAUCCCCUUCCCCGCUGGCUAUCGGGCAAGUGCCACGACCUUCGCCAACGUGGACGACUUCGCCGCCUCACUAUCUCCGGCUGAUCAAGCGGAGUUAGCACGCUUGCUGCAGAGCAGGAUAGGAGCACCGGUUGCUCCUCCGGCCCAGGCGUCGCAGCAGGGUUUUGCCAGCGGCUCGUCGUGA